CGAAGCGUUGUGCUCUUGUGGAAAAACUCUUUGGCAGCUCCAUGACGAGAUAUGGCGGAAAAAACACACGCAACAAAAAACACUUUAGUUUAAACGUAAUUAAUGGCGCAGAAAUGAUGGAAAAGAAUGAAGUACCUCCGUCCUUAAACACCGAGGAAGAGUGUUCUGCGAAGGAUGAUAUCUGGUGUUUACAGCGAGUGGGGAGAGAUUGUGACUGGCUGCAACUGUUCGAAGAUUCAGAGGUUUCAAUUGGUCGUGGACUGAAUGUGACCUAUCAGAUUCUGUCGGUCAGCUGUCCACUGAUGAUAUCCAGAAAUCACUGUGUGUUCAAACAAAAUGAAGCUGGACUGUGGACAGUGACGGACAAUAAGAGUCUGAAUGGUGUGUGGGUGAAUGGGAGACGGAUCGCUCCCGGAAGUCCUUGUUUACUACACCUGGGUGACUCUGUCAGAUUAGGCGUCCCUCUGGACGGCAACCCCGUGGAGUUUGAUUACAUCCUCGUCCAGCGCAACUUCAGUGAAGUGAAAUCGUUCUUGUCUGGGAAUCAAGGCAAAGAAUCAAGCGCUGCUUCUUCCGGCCAAAAACUCAAAAACUCUAAGCGGAAGUUCGAUGGAGAUGAGUCGGAAUCUUGCCCCACGCAGCACUCCAAAUCCAAGCUGUACCGCUUGUCCGGACCGGAUAAAUCCCGAGCACAGCCCUGCCCGCCCGAGGAACGCAAAAAAUCUGAUAAAUAUUCCUCUAGACCUCUGGAGGUGGACAGAUCCGGUGAUAUUCCAGGAAGUUCCAGCUGUUGCAGUGAGAGCAGCCAGCAUCUAGCUACCGUCCACAAUUACAACAAGAACCUGAUGGUGUUGAAAGACCGUGUGGGCGACACGCAGAAACGUGCAGCUGAGCUUCAACGGCAGCAAUAUCAGACUCCAGAGCGAGAGUGCGAGAUGCAGGAACUGCAGGCGCAGCUGGAAUUGUUGCGGGGUCAGCUGAGGUCGCAGCAGGAGCAGGCCCUCAAACGCAUAGAGAGCCUGGAGAAGUCCUUCUGUGAGGAGGAGAGACGAUUGGAGAUUGAGAAAGCACAACAGAAUGAGGAGGGCUUGAAAAAGCAGCUUGAGGAGGCGUUACAUGAGCACCGGAAAGUCAUCGAUGAGCUCAAACACGCACGGGAAGGAUUUAAAGAAGUUCUACAGGCCAAAGAUAAGGAGUUGGAAGUUACAAAGGAAGAGAAAGAGAAGGCGAAGGCUCAGAAAGAGGAAGUUGUCACGCAGAUGACUGAAGUGUUGGAGAGUGAACUUCAAUGCAGUAUUUGUUCAGAGCUCUUCAUUGAGGCCGUGACGCUGAGCUGCGCCCACAGCUUCUGUCAGCACUGUAUCCGAGAGUGGCGCUGUCGGAAGGACAAGUGUCCGAUGUGCUGGCAGACCAUCCUGUCUCAGACGCGCUCUCUCGUUCUGGACAACUGCAUCGACCGCAUGGUGGAGAAUCUGAGCGCAGACAUGAGAGAGAGACGAGCCGCACUGAUCACUGAGAGGAAAGGUCUGAGAGCGGCCGUGGCUCCAGCCGUGGUGGUCAUACCUGAUGACAGCAGCAGCAGCGACACGUCCAUACAGAGCAACAGCUCGACAUUCGAGGACUCCUCCGAGUUGAACUCUUCUUUGCUGUAUCACUCCAGUGAUGAAGAGCUGUCCUGGAGUGAGGAAGAGGAGGAGGAGGAGGAGGUGGAGGAGGAUUACCUUUGAAAAAUAAACAGAUAUUUAUUUGUGAACGUCACGUGCACCAUUUGUUUGUUAGGUUUUAUUUUGCUAUGAAUUUCUUUUUUGUUUGUUUGUUCCUCACAGUAUCAUAUUUGUUAGGGUUAUUCCUUAUUUAAAUAAAGCAACUAUUAUAAUUGUUUUGCACUUAAGCUGUUUUUAGUCCUGAUUAGGUGUAUAUUUCUAAAAGGAUACCCUGAAGGCCAAUAAUUCACACACAGAUGCAGUCGAACACAAGAGGGCAGCAGUGUGAUAUGAAUGUUUGUUAAUGGUGUUAAAAUUAAAUCAGUAUCACUGCUGAACUUAUUUUUAGCAUCUGGACUGUUUUUUGUUUUUUUAUUAUUAUUGUUUAACCUUUCUAGAAGCUGGUUUGAUCGUAAUGUAUGCUUACUGGGCCCCAUUUCUGUAAAAUAAGGAAAAGAGAGAGAUUGUCCGGGUUCAAUAUAAGUGAAGCUCAAUCGGCAUCAU